GUCCUAAAUUACCUCCAUGUCAUGUCGCUGGCUGAGUGCGGGGCACCGCAGGGUCGGCAUCAAUCUGGGAACUGGGCGUCGGCCUAGGCCGCACAUGAUAUUCACAACAUGGGGCUUCAGAUGCCAUCGGGCCGCCGAGGUCGCCCGUGGUACAUAUCUGGACGGUACCUGGAUCUCAAGCGCCCGCUCCGUUACCGGGAAUGCAAAUGGAAACCCGCUUUGGUGGGUCGCCCAAGCACCUUUGCCACGAAAGCAUAUAGACCCAGGGGACUGGUCUCCUAACGUUCUGGUCACUGUCAAACUUCUUGAAAACUUGUUGAAAUCAUGGGCUGCAACUCCACGCCAGUCGUUCGCAUCGCAUCAGCCUCUGGGUCCGUGACCGACAGACGCCAUGCAUUUGCCGAACUUGCAAAGACAGAAGACGUGCAAUUCAUCGUCGGUGAUUGGCUCUCUGAGUACAACAUGACUACCAGAGGAGGGUCAAAAGUCAGCGAUCCGACCGCGUCCUCGGAAUUCGAACCUUCCUUCCUAGAAGCUAUCGAACCCGCGUUGCCGUAUCUGGAGCAGCGUGCAAUCAAGGUGGCCGUCAAUGCCGGUGCAAGUGACACGCAGAAGCUGCACGAGAAGUUGACGAGCAUCAUCAAACAAAAAGGGCUGAAUUUGACCGUCGCCUGGAUCGAGGGCGACGAAGUCCUGGAUUCUGUACAGCAUUCGCUUCGAUCUGGAGAGAAGUUUAGAAGCCUGACAACUGGGGAGGAUUUCUCAAGCUGGGGCCUCGAGCCAAUAUAUGCCCAGUGCUAUCUGGGCGGUUGGGGAAUCGUCGAAGCUUUCAAUCAGGGCGCAGACAUUGUCCUUUGCGGACGUGUGGCAGAUGCAUCUCCGACCAUCGCCUGCGCAGCGUACCAUCAUGGGUGGGGCAGGCAAGACUAUCCGCAACUCGCUCAUGCCUUUGUCGCCGGGCACUUCAUCGAGUGUUCCACCUACGUAACCGGCGGCAACUUCUCUGGCUUCAAGAGCCUUCCAGGCCUGUCUCUAGAUAUCGGAUUUCCCAUCGCAGAGAUCGGAGCGAAUGGUGAGUUCUACAUCACCAAACAGGGUGGGAAGGACGGCAUUGUCACGGUCGAUACAUGCAAAGCACAGCUGCUUUACGAGAUCCAAGGCCCCUACUACUACAAUUCAGACGUUGUCGCCGUGCUUGACAGCAUCGAGAUGGUCCAAGUUGGCGAGAACCGCGUCCACGUUUCCGGCGUCGGAAGCAUCAAGCCUCCUCCGACCACAAAGGUUGGAAUCACGGCUCGAGGUGGCUACCAGGCUGAGGCCCACUAUUUCCUCUGUGGCCUCGACAUAGAGGAGAAAGCCGCCUUGCUGGAGCGGCAGAUCCGCCACUUGUUGGAUGAGUCCAGAUACCAUUGCCUCAAGUUCCGCGUUAACGGACGGUGCCCGGACAACCCAUCAAGCCAGGACGCGGCAACAGUUGAUUUCCGAAUAUUCGCCCAGUCGCGGGACGAGUCAGCUCUGGCAGUUGAGGCUUUCCUGAGGCCUAUCACAGACGUCAUAAUGCAGAGCUAUCCGGGGGCGACCUUCGGCGUAGAUGCCCGCCAGGCUGUUCCCAAGCCCUAUUACGAGUACUGGGUGAGCUUGAUUCCCCAAAGCUUUGCGAAACAUGUCUGCCAUGUUCCGCAUAUGGGCCUGCAUGUAUCCAUCGAACCUCCAACAGACACAGCCGACUUCCUCCACUCACAGCCAACAUAUGAGACAAGGAACCCGGUCGACCUCGCCAAACUCGGGCCCACCACGAAGGCGCCGCUGGGCUACAUCACUCAUGCCCGGUCUGGCGACAAGGGCUCUGAUGCCAAUGUCGGCUUUUUCGUCCGAAGCGCUGACGAGUGGGACUGGCUGCGCUCGGUCUUGACCGUCGACAAAAUCCGCGAGCUCCUUGGCGAGGACGAUACUGGGAAACCCAUUUUCCGCUUCGAGCUCCCUCGCCUUUGGGCGGUUCAUUUCCUCCUGAAGGACCAUCUCGAUCGCGGAGUGGCAUCCAGCUCGACUUACGAUGUGCUUGGCAAGAAUCUAGCCGAGUACUUGAGGUGCAGACAUGUUGACAUACCGGAUCGAUUUUUGGAGCGCGGGAAAAUCUAACUGUUGACGGUUUGGCGGACCAUUUGAUCUCAGAAUUGUAUCUAUUCCGUACAAUGCGAAAGUACAC